UUUGAGCAGGGGAGGAAUCUGCUUUUUUUUAACUCGGCCGUCACCGGAAGAGGGCUAGAUGUGCGACGGGUUUUACUGCCUGAGCUAGCGGGCCGGGAAAAGUAUAAUCUGCUAACCGCAACCUGUGUUCCUGUUGCAGCUAGUGAUAGCGAUCGGAACACCAAAGAUUUGAUUUAAGAUGGCGCUGAACCCUCAGUACGAAGAAAUAGGCAAGGGGUUCGUCACCCAGUACUAUGCCUUGUUUGAUGACUCAGCACGCCGCUCCAGCUUAGUCAAUCUGUACAACGCCGAACUAUCCUUUAUGACCUUUGAAGGGCAGCAAAUUCAGGGAGCAGCUAAAAUUUUAGAAAAACUACAGAGUCUCGCCUUUCAAAACAUUAACCGUGUGCUAACAGCCGUCGAUUCCCAGCCUAUGUUUGACGGUGGUGUGCUGAUCAAUGUGCUCGGAAGACUUCAAUGUGACGACGAUCCUCCUCACGCGUAUUCACAAACAUUUGUGCUGAAACCGAUAGGCACGUCAUUUUUUUGUGCUCAUGAUAUUUUCCGGCUUAAUAUCCAUAAUUCGGCGUAGAAGUAUUUGAUUAGCUAUUGCAACACAAUGUUUUAUUGAAGCUCUUUAAAAAGUUGGAACGGUUCCGAAUCUGAUAUUGCUACGACAGAUAACCCAAUAUUGUGUUUGUUCGAAAACAUUGCACUGCGACAUGCUCCGACAGGUUAAUUUUUACACACCUUUCGUUCUUUAACCUUUCUGUCAGGCAACAGAUGUUUUACAGACAAAAUGGAAAAGGAAGUGGAGGCAGUGUUUUAUACGAUUAUUAUGAUUUGAAGAAUGGCUUUAUAGAUCAAUAUCGUGUACUUCAUCAUCUGAACAGGGAACAUGUGCUGCGCUGGAUUGCGGCUCGGCACAAUACGAGAAAUUUAGUAUCGUGGCCAUUGCUAAUUACAUGCAUGUUAGCCUUUUGUGUUUUGAAUAAAAUAAACGCUUAACCAAAAAACCGUAAA